CCGCGGCUCCUGUCGGGACGAGCCGCCGCCUCAGCGACCGUUGGCAGCGGCGCCCCCCGGGCCGGCCCCGCCGCCAUUUUGUUCCCCCCUCGACGGAGGAUGCGGCGGGGACGGUCCGCCGCCGCCCUCCUGCUUCUGCUGUUCAUGGCGGGUUCCCUGCCCGGGGUGGCGGCCCCGCGGGCUUUCAGUGAGGAGUGCGGACAACGGCCGCUCGUAGACAGCAUCUCGGGAUCCCGGAUCGUAGGUGGACACGACGCUCGAACUGGAGCGUGGCCGUGGUCCGUUAGCCUCCAGAUUCACCAAGCUGGUGUACGAUUUGCACACGUUUGUGGUGGAGUUUUAGUUAACAAGAAUUCAGUACUUACCGCCAGCCACUGCGUUACCGGAAGGCAGGACCCACAUUCCUGGAGAGCUGUUUUGGGUGUGCUUAACCUUCAGAAACAUGGCAAACACGCAGCAAAAAGAACUAUUAGAAGCAUCACUGUGCACCCAGAAUUCAAGAGAGAAACAUUUGAAAAUGAUAUUGCAUUAUUUGAACUUGAUUCCGCAGUACGCUACAGUGACUAUAUUCAGCCUAUCUGCUUACCUCCUGCACACCUUUACCCACACAUUGACAAUGAAACAGAAUGCUUUAUUAGCGGUUGGGGACGUACAGCAGAAAAAGGUAAAACUUCACCUGUGUUAAAAGACGCACAAGUGGAAAUCAUUCCUUCUAGUGUCUGUAACAGUUCUGAUGCGUAUGAAGGUCUGGUUAGCAACAACAUGAUUUGCGCUGGCUCUCGAUCAGGAGGCACCGAUACCUGUCAGGGAGACAGCGGUGGACCUUUAGCGUGCUAUCACCCUAGUACCAACAAAUACUAUCUCAUAGGGAUUGCUAGUUUUGGAGUUGGCUGUGGCCGACCAAAAUUUCCUGGGAUCUAUGUCCGUUUAUCUCAAUACAGAAGAUGGAUAAAAUCUGAACUUCCAUUGAGUAACAAGGCUGUGAAUCCCAUGAGCAUUACACUUACCAUCCUUCUGACUGUGGCACGUAUAGUACUUGUAGACUUUCUAAAGGGACAAACCAUUGUGUCAUCAUCGUAAAGGUUUGGUCUGCCUGUUAAAACUUGGAAAAGACAGCUAACUCCUGUUUCAGAAUAAAUCGAAGCGCCAAAGGACAUACGCUUAUUUUUUUAGAAGUCAUGUUUGCAACUGUGUUAUUUUUUUUGUUUUCUGCCUUUGAUUUCCAUACUAACAGUAGAGGAAAUGAUAACAACCUUCACCCUAAUAACGGAAUUGAAUACAGAAAUGUUACCAACUGAAAAUACUUUUUUCCGACCCUAUUUCUAUGCUUUUCCAGCUAUCAGAAGCCUAGGUACUACUUCAUAAUACUACCACCACGAUUUUGUAGAUGGCAGAGAUACUCCCUCUGCUGGGUGAAUCCUAGCAGAGCACAAAAUGGUUUUAGUGAACAGUGGCUCAGCUUACUGAAAACUAAAAAGGAAA